AUGUUCACCGGCAUCGUCGAAAUCAUGGGGCGGGUCUCGGAGGUGGCCCAGAUGGACACCACCGCCAGCGGCGGAUCGGGCUUCUCGAUCACCAUCGCUGACUGCGCCGUGGUCCUCACGGAUGUUCACCUCGGCGACAGCAUCGCCGUCAACGGCACCUGCUUGACCGUAACCGAGUUUGACUCGUCCCGAAGCUGGUUCAAGGUCAAUGUGGCUCCCGAAUCGCUCCGCAAGACCAACCUGGGGCAACUCCAGGUCGGCUCCAAGGUCAACCUGGAGCGGGCCAUGUCGGCCACCACCCGCUUCGGCGGCCAUUUCGUCCAGGGCCACGUCGAUACCGUCGUUACGAUCCACCAGGUCACUCCCGAUCCGCCCAACUCGGUCAUCUACACUUUCAAGGUUGCUUCGCCCGCCGCUGGCAGCGACGCCGACUUCCUCACGUAUAUCAUUCCCAAGGGAUACGUCACCCUCGACGGUACCUCCCUGACCGUCAUCGACGUGGACCUCGACGCACGCACCUUUACGGUCAUGCUGAUUCCGCAUACCCUCAAGCACGUUAUCAUGCCGCUCAAGGCCGUUGGCGACCAGGUCAACCUCGAGGUCGACCAGAUCGGCAAAUACGUCGAGAACAUUGUCGAGCGGGUGCUGUCGCGGCCUGGAUCGACUGCCUUUGCCGGGAUCGAGGCUCUGGUCGAGCGGGUGGUGGAGAGGAAGCUGGGCUCUGCAGGCCAGCAGCCGGCCCGUCAAUAA